AUUGCAUUCUCAGAAAUUUCCUCAAAAGUGCAGGGUAAUGGUAAAGCUGCUGACUUCUCUAUCUGGGAAGCGGUUGAUUACAUAUCCAUACAGGGGGCUAAGAUCGUUCAAUAAGCAUCAACCUCGCCCAAAGAUGGCCUUGGAUCAUUAUACAUUUGGACCUCACAAAAUACGCUCUAAGGAAGUUUUCUACUCCACCCAUCUUUCCUUUGCCAUGGUCAACCUGCGUCCGGUUCUUCCUGGUCAUGUGCUUAUCUGCCCAAGGCGGGAAGUAAAGCGUUUUGCUGAUCUCACUGCUGAUGAGAUUAGUGAUUUAUGGCUCACUGCACAGAAGGUUGGAAGUCGGCUUGAAUGCCAUCACAAGGCAUCUUCCGUUACAUUCACAAUUCAGGAUGGACCCCAGGCAGGACAGACAGUACCUCAUGUACAUAUCCAUAUCCUCCCGAGGAAAGUUGGCGAUUUUGAGAAAAAUGAUGAGAUCUAUGAUGCUAUAGAUGAGAAUGAGAAGGAAUUAAAGAAGAAGCUGGACUUGGAUGAGGAAAGGAAGGAUAGAAACCCUGAGGAGAUGGCUCAAGAAGCUGAUGAAUACAAAGUGCUUUUCUCUUAGGUAUGUCAACUUGAAAUGUGGCCCAACCUAUGAUUCGCAUAGAGACACUUUGAAAUUACCCCAGAGCUCCAGCCACAACAUAGCUGCAGAUAAACAUUGCAAGAGAGGAAUUCAUAUUACUGUUGAAUAAAAGUUUUAAGUACUGUUGAUUGAAAGCUCUAUGUUUGGUGUGAGUGGAAGAUGCCUGUUGAUAUAAUAUGGCAAAUUCUGUGUCUGCUGUUACAAGAGUGAUGACACUGUCAUCAUUGGGAACCCCCUGUCUUCAUUUCCUUUUUUACCAAUGCAUGGAACCAUUUCUGAUA